AUGUCCAAAUUGCUAAAUCUGAAGUUUGUGGACCCGUCAUGUAUGUGGGCCCGGUUGGUUGCCCCCGGUGGCGUGGAAGAGGUCGGUGACCAGCAAUACAAUGAGCUAUUUAAUCUCAUGAACCGCUUCUAUGAUGAUGUCACCACGGAGUCGGAGGUGCGUGAGGUGACACCUUGCUUGGAGGUGGGACAGUUGUGUGUGGUGUACUGGUCCUCUAUGAAGAUCUGGUGCCGAGCCCAGCUGGAGUCCAUUAACUUGAAGUCAAACUAUGCAUGCUGUUACCCACUGGACCAUGGAGAACCUUUGGUUGUCGUCUUGAGCCUAAUUCGACACAUUGAGCAAGAGUUCCUCCAGCUGCCAUUCCGGAUGAGGAGGCUUCACUUGGCGAGGGUCAGGCCCCUGACACUGGAAGUGUCUUUAUACGAAAAGGCCAAGCUGGUACCCUCUAGUUGCUGGGAUAGCUCGGUAACAUCUUACAUGUUGGACCUUGUAAAGAGCUCCAGUCAGACAGAGGCUGUACUGCUAAAGGAGGAUUCCAUCCACUCCACUGCCAUCGAGCUCUACGUGAGCAUUGGGAGCAUCAAGAUUUGUGUGAAUGAUGAGCUUGUGGCCAAAAGGUUUGCCAUUUAUUGUCAAGACGUGGCCAACAUCAAGAAGUUGGAGCAAAUCAAUGUUCAGCAUUUUAGGUAUGGCUACAGGACAGCUGCCGGGAAGCCCCCAGUGUCAUUAACACAAGAGGAAACCGCUCCCCCUCCAGUGACACAGCAAGCUGGACUGGAAGCCUGUGAUCGAAGGACGACGCCCUCUCAGAACCCAGUGCGUGGUAUCAGUACAAAGGUCACAGGUGGACAAGAGUUGCCAAACAGCCAAUCCAAGAGGCAUUCAGUAGAGGAUCCGGAUGCCUCCUUGGCUGCUGCGUUCAACUCCCACCUCACUUUGUUGCGGUUGAUGAGGUUCCUCAACCCACGUGGCAGCUUAAAGGAGGCUGAGACGAGUGUGAGUCAACCUGAGGAGCUGAAAGAUUAUUCACCUCAACAUUCGUCCAACACCUUAGAGGAUGUCGAGCUGCCUUCUGACCAGUCGGAUGUGAUUAAGAAGAGCAACGACAACUGGGCAUGUGCAAGACUACUGGAGUUGCUGAAUCCUCAGCCUCUGAAAUUCAUUUCAGAGGAUGCUGAUAAUGACUUGGUUCUUCCGAGUUUUCCAAAGACGGGCGACAUUCUGGUCGACUCAUUUCUCACGACAGAGUCAUGCUCAAGCUUGGAUGAUGCCCCCAUCACCGACCCCCUCCGCAGGAUGUUGCAGAGGAAGCAAUUUAGCCUCUCUCAGGUGGACCUUGUCAGCUGGCCCUCCAUUGCACGUGGUAACAACACCUUGGUGAUUUCAUACACUGGUGACCUACCCCAAAGCUACCUGGUCCCCUUCCUCAGCCACAUGCAACUUAGCACCAUCUUUUCAAUCUCUUCAUCCAGAGCGGGCCCUGUAGCAGUGGUGCUGUGUCCCAGCUGGAAGAAGGUUGAGUUGGUGUGCGACCUUCUGGAGGAUCGCACGAUUUCCCACAGAUUCAAGCCAACCAGUGUGCUACUGGGUGCUGCUGACGGCGAGGCAAAAGCCUUCAAGAUUCCAAAAGACUGCCUGCUGAUAGUGACCACGCCAUUCAGCUUGUUUCGUCUCCUUUCGUGUCACUGCUUUAUGUUCCUGCGUUUAGGCCACCUUGUGCUUGAUGAAGCUGACCAGCUAUUUACACUGGCUCCAGACCAGAUGGAGAAAAUUUUGCAGCAUUUUAAGCAGGUCAUCUCCCGCCCAGAAAUGUCCUCCAGUCCGCAGCAGCUGGUUGCCGUGGCUAAGCGGUGGACGAGCCACAUGGAGGCUUUGGUGGCCAAUCACAUGCCGCAUGCUUGCGUUGUCAUAGCAGUCCCUGAAGAAGCUGCACUCUAUGGAAAUGUCAAUCAGGUUGUCUGUAUGACCUUGGAGAGCAACAAGAUUGCCGCACUCUUGAGUGCUUUAGAUUUCAGGCGUGACACGAAACAGAAAACUCUCAUUAUCUGCAAUUCUGAUGAAGAGGUUGAAGACGUAUUCAAGGCUGUGUGCAGUAAGUCAGCGUUUUGCCUGAAGGCUCACAAGGGUUUAACACACAAGUUUGACUUCAUGCUCCAGCAGUGGGCGAAAAGUAUCGGCCCUGGCACACACGUCAUUCUGGUUACUACGAGCGAGUGCCUGACGUCUUUCAGGAUAGCAGAUGCCACCUGUGUGGUCCACUUCAGUUUCCCCAGUUCACCCAGAACGUUUGGAACCAGACUCUUGCGCAUGAGCAGCCACUACAAAAAGUUUACAGGCACUGAGUCAACAGCAAGAGUUACUACUGCCUGCAAAUCCUUGCUGCUCGUCUCUGAGAAGAACUCGCAGCACAUUGGUGGCCUGGUGCGCUACCUCAGACGAAGCCAAGCUCUGCUUCCCGCAGAGUUACUCUCCUUCGCAGAGGCCACCAACGUCAACCGAGAGGAGCACAAGACCAACCGGCCACUUUGUCUACAACUGAAGAGCUUUGGAGUGUGCAGGUUCAACACUACAUGUCCUGACCGCCACAGGCUAAUUCCUCAGCUGGACCAGUCCGAUCUUCCUGAUUCUGGAUUUAUAGAGGUGUUGCCUCUCAUCGUCAGGACAGCGUCAGUUUUUUAUGGGCGUCUAGUCCAGAAGGACGACAGCGUGUUUGACAGCAUGGCAGCUGGCAUGGCGUCUUACUAUGCUGACAGUAAACCGUGUCCUGAGGAGGUGCUACUAGGAUGCAUGUACGCUGUGGAGGAAGACAACGGCUUUCACAGGGUGAAGGUCUUAACUGCCCCAGACACUGAAGGCCGCCUAUUUUUCAUGGUCCAUGUUUGCUUUAUUGACAUUGGAAAAGAGCAAGAAGUCAAAUCCCAGCAGCUCCUGCGACUCCCAGAGGAGUUCCAGUCUUUGCCUGGCCAGGGGGUGGAGAUGAUAUUGUGCCAGGUGAAGCCUGGUGAUGCCGAGGUUGACUGGCAUCCCAAGGUGACCAGAGCUGUCUCCAAGAAGAUACAAGGGGUGAAGCACCGAGCCAGAGCCGUCUUUAGUCUGGGAAACACAGUCUUUCUGGAUAUGUUUGUUCGUGAGACUCGGCUGCCAGAUAUGAAGACUGUCAUCAGCGAGUACAAUGUUCCCACAUUCAUUAUGAACACGGGCAUGGCAGAACGAAACCUGGAUCAUCUGGACCAGUUGAAGGUGCUGUGUCAGGAAGGAACAACGUAUACUGAAUGCAGUGGGAAUAGAGACACUCUGGCCAUGCCUGAGUCCUUCCAGAUGAGCAAAACCGUUGAAGGAGAAGAGGAACUCGAUGUGUCAGAACAAAAGCCAAUUUCUUUGUUCCAGGAAGCAGAUGACGAGACAAACAUCAAAAUUUCCCAUCCCAGCAAAGCUGAAAUUGAUCCUGACAAAACAACAGCCAGACAGACACCUCUUUGUAACAACAACGAAAAUGGUAUUCCUGCUGGGGAUGAACAAAGCAUCCAACUGCUCAACGAAUGCCAUGGAGAUGGUCACAUAACAAAGAGUUUACACCCUCAGGUCUGCUGGCACCAGACGUCCACAUCCUUGACCGUCACGCUUAGGCUGAAGAACCCACUGAGCCAGCGCUGCAGCUUCUAUGCCGACCGCGCAGUGUACAGUGGCAGCGUGAAUGGUCGGCACUACGGAGUGAAUCUGGAUCUCCACGCGCGCGUGCUGCCUGAGCGCUGCAGCUGUGAGCUUAAGUCCAACGAGCCUGUCCUCACACUGCUCAAAUGCGAACCAGGCUACUGGCCCAAGCUUCUCAGGAGCAAGAACAUUUUUGUGAGUUACGACAUGGACCACCUGGAGGAGGAGGAGCAUGCUGUGUCAUCACAUGGUGAAGUGUUCAUUGGAGACAGGGGUGAAAAGCACCAGUUUGUCGAUGAAGACAGCGACUCCUCAUGCUGA